CCCGACGACCCACGGUGGGAUUUGAUUGGCUCGGUCGUCUUCGUUGCUGCUCGGGAACCAUUGGCUGUGUUUCUCCAUCCAACAUGGCGUUGUUCCGUUCCCUUGGAAGUCGCUGCCUGACGGCGGCACGCCCGUCCAUCUACCGCGCCGCAUUCAGUACCACAGUCGAUGCAGACAUCACUGCUACUACUGUCAAGUCCACAGGAUUCUCCGUCGUGCGCCACCCUGUCAACGAUUCGCCGUUGACUGCGUCUUUGGAAGCCGGCGAUGUGUUUGCUGUUGUCAAGCUCGGUGCAACGCAAUUCAAAGUCACCCAGGGAGACGUUGUGAUUGCGGAAAAGAUCAUCGAUGCCAAGGUCGGGUCGAUCUUGGACUUGAAUGAAGUGCUGCUGAUCGGAUCCCCCAACCAAACCAUCAUCGGGCGCCCCUUCAUUGACGGCGCCGUUGUUCAAGCGCGCGUGGAAGAGCAAACGCUGGAUAAAAAGAUUGACAUUUUCAAGAAGAAGCGACGAAAGAAUUACCGCCGAUGGAAUGGGUUCCGCCGCCAAGUGACUGUGUUGCGCGUCACGAACGUGCUUCCUGGUGAUCUGGAAUAGAUAACUCGGUAGAUGAUGUAGAGGACGUCCGCCUGGCAAGAGUUGGAGCAGCAGAUAGAUCAUGCCGAAAUGCUUGUACCAUAACAAUCGUCCUCUGUUGUUUAUGCCGCCGCA